ACUAUUACUUCUAGAGUAGGAUGGUUUGACACGCUAUGUUGUGAUGUUGACACGUCAAUGACGUCAAGUUAAAUGUGGCAGCCGUCUCAAAUUGGAAACAGCUGAUGAUUGUUUGUGUGUUUUGUAUCAAAAUUUAAGGCCUUAUUCAAUUCAACUAACAUGGAUGAAAGCAACAUCCCCAUCGAUAUAAACAUAGGAAAGCUUCAAGACUGGUUGAUCAGUCGUAGGCACGUCUCUAAAGAUUGGCAGAAGAAUGUCAUAGCUGUGAGAGAGAAGAUCAACAAUGCCAUCCAAGACAUGCCGGCUCACCAAGACAUAGCUGCUUUACUCUCAGGCAGCUACAUAAAUUAUUUCCACUGCUUAAAAAUCAUUGAAAUACUAAAAGAAACUGAGGCUGAUACUAAAAAUUUGUUCGGGAGAUACGGGUCACAGAGGAUGAAGGACUGGCAGGAUGUUGUGAGGAACUAUGAGAAGGAGAACUUGUAUUUAGCAGAGGCAGCACAGAUGCUGGUCAGGAAUAUUAGUUAUGAGAUUCCAGGGUUGAAGAGGCAGAUUGCCAAAGAGGAACAGGCACAAGCGGACUUUGAAAAGAAGCAUGCAGACUAUCUAAAGAAUGAAGCAUCAAGUAAAUCAGAGUUUCUGGCUUUGUGUAAACAACUUGGUAUCCAAGGUGAGAAGAUCAAGAGAGAAUUAGUGGCGAAACUGCAGGAGCUGCCUGAGAUAUAUGACCAAAUAGGGAAAUCACUAAAACCACUCCAGCCAGGUAUAGAGUUAUACAAUGCAUUCACAAAGUAUAUCCUCGGUGAGGAUUCUCCAGAAGCUUUACCAAUUUUGCAAUAUGUGAUUAUUCACGGCAAUACUACAGUGUAUGAAUGGAGUUACGGAGAACCUCCUUUGAGCUUGGAGCCAGAUCCUAUACAUAUCGAAUUAGAUGAUGACGAAGAACAGGCUUCUGGAGAUCAGAUAGAUUUUGGGGACAACAAUGAUAUAGAUUUUUCUUCUAUCGAUGCUUCAGGCGCAGGGAUUGACUUCGGAGAUGGGGAUGGGGCUGCUGAAAUAGACUGGGGCAAUAUUGAUAUUGCUUCGGCCGAUGAAAAUAGUCUUUUGGCUGAUAUAGAAGCUGUGUCUUUGGAAGGGGCGGGGAUAGUAAUAGAGGAGCAAGGGAUGACCGGUGGAGUUGCGAGGGGCAAAGAUGCUCUGACGUUAUUGGACAACCCCUCUACAAGGAACCAGUUCAUCGAUCAACUCGUUGAGCUCGAGUCGUUCCUGAAGAUGCGCGUGUACGAGACGACGAGUGCGGCGGAGUCCCACACGCUGUCGCUGCUGCAGCAGCUGCCGGCGGAGAGCGAGCCGGCGCUGCGGGGCAUGCUGGGCGCCGUGCAGCGCGCCGCCGCCGCCCUCGCCGCGCCCGACCUCGCGCACCUGCACAACGUCAAGCACUCGCCCAGGUACGUGGACGUGCUGACGGCUCAGCUAAAGCAGAAGCUGGUACUGUGCGAGAAGCUGUCGAAGCUGGCGGCGCGAGCGGCCGAACAGCGAACGGCGGCGAACGUUCGCGCCGCCGAACUAAGGCCGGUGCUCUCUAAAAUCAUAGAGAGAACUAAACAGUUGCAAGCGCAGAUCGAAAGCGACAUAUCGAAGAAGUACAAGGGCAGGCCGGUCAACAUUAUCGGCGGUGUUAAAUUCUUGUAGUCGUAAGCUUUAUAAAUCCAUCCGGGACCAUCAGAACUCAAGGCAGCACAGCCCAAUAUAGGAACUGGUAUAUUAAUGUGGCAAAGCAACAUUUCGGUUUAAUUAUAGAAUGAAUAACUGGAAAGGGAUCACGCACGGUCAUUCGGACCCAAAUUAGGAUUCCCUGUGUUAUGGGUACCAGAAACUGAUAUACAUACAUACUUGUAUAUAUUUAAAUACCUCUCCUCAGAAUUCCGUGGAUCCCGCACCCUAACCCAUGCACCAGCCCGCUGAGUUUCUCGCCGGAUCUUCUCAGCGGGUCGCGACUCCGAUCCGGUAGUAGAUUCAUUCGCGAAGCAAUUGCUCUUGAGUUGUUAGGUCUCCCUCGGAGGCGCUCGGGCAGCUGUUAGCAAAUCCCACCCCUCCUGGCUGAGCCUUUGCUCGCCCACCUGUCCUGGUGAAACUGGAAAGGCCUCCGGGCCACCAGUAAUCUUCCAAUCAUAAAAAAAAAGUCCAAAUACGAAUCCUCAAGUUCUUCGGGCACAUCACUCGUAAUGAGGACUCCGUUGAGCGGUUGGUGGUGCAACACGAUGGACUGACCUCAUAAAAUCUGUGACUCAUUCCAACGUGUGAUUCCAAGUGAAACGAUUGCUCUCACUUUGCGAAGUAUCGUGCCACAUGGCGUCACAUCGCGAGAGCAGAGUGUACGAAUAGGAAGAAUAUAUAUAAUUACUAGCGACCCGCCCUCGCUUCGCUUCGGAAACUGUAAUUUAUUAUUGAUUUCUCCACUAUUUAAUGGAUGUUAUUAUACAUAUAAACCUUCCUCUUCAAUCACUCUAUCUAUUAAAAAAAACCGCAUCAAAAUCCGUUGCGCAGUUUUGAAGAUUUAACCAUACAUAGGGAUAUAGGGACAGAGAAAGCGACUUUGUUUUAUACUACGUAGUAAUACAUAGGUAAUAAUUAACCAGAGCAAUGAAGCCUGUUCAUAACACAAUGUUUGCCCGAUGCGGGAAUCGAACCCACGACCCUCUGCGCAACAGUCGAGGCUGCUGUCUUCAAGGGUGGAACAGCGGUUGUAAAAGAAAAACUGAGAUUUGGAACUCAUGUCUCGAGGUGGGUGAUGAUGAUGUUGUUGAUGUCUAUGGGUCCCGGUAACCAAUUAAAACCAGGUGGACCGUGAGAUCAUUCACCCGACUUUUAAAGAAUAAUAAAAAGUCAUCAUCACAUGGGCAUAUAAUAUCUUCUUGGCAAAAAUAUAUAAGGGUGCUUAGUGCGAGUUUUUUAACGUUCUCGAUAGCGUAAAAGUUAACUCAAAUUUAUAUGCAGUUGGAACAGCGCCCCUAGCGGCAAACGUAGGCAAACGUUCCAACUCCAUACAAAUUUCAGAUAACUUUUACGCUAUUGAGCUACGUUUACGCUAAGCACACAAUUCUUAUAUUGGAAUAAAAAAGCAUACAAUGAUCUAACGCGAACAUACUUUUAGCUUUAAAGCUCAAAUUAAGCAUUCUUUUGUCUUUAAAAAUAUAUUUUUUGCAAAUUCGACUCUAACCUGUUGCUGUGAAAGUUUAUUUUUGUACAGUCUCAUAUGUAGUACAUUUGUCCUUGUUCUGAUCGAAAAAUAGUUUUAUAUACACGUUAUGUAUGUUUAAAUAAAUAUUAUGUUUUUAUAAA